CUUGGAGUCAGAUCUAAGUACUUGGAGUCUUUCCAAUUUGAGAGCAAGUUGACCCUAACUAAUUGGAUCGUUAUUCGAAUCGAUGGCUGCCAUUUCCACAGAUUUUCUGAAGUUCAUGAAUUUGAGAAACCCAAUGAUGAGCAAGCUCUGUGCCUUAUGAAUUCAUGUGCAGUUGCUGUGUUAGAGGAGUUCAAUGUUAUUGUUUUCUCAUAUGGAAUGAGUGACGAAUACAGCUUUGUUUUGAAGAAGGGUUUUGAGUUCUAUCAAAGAUGUGCCAGGGGAGUUGCAAGGGUUGGGGAACACUUGAGCUUUGAUACACGCAUGAAUAUUAUGGAUAUUCUCUAUGAAAAGGAGGAGACGUCUGUUCUUCAUAGUUCUCCCCGUUCUCUAGCUGCAUGCAUAUUGGCAGGUUUUCUAAAAUUUUCUACAUUUACUAUAGUAAUCUAUUGCAUUUUCCCCCCUGUUUUUCUUCCUUUUAAAAGAGUUCUCAAUCCUUUGCAAGUUGCUUCAUAUGUUAUUACAGUUCCCAAACAAAGGUGGGAGUUUCCAGUUCUAUGCUAUGUUGUUAGUUUCUUCUCUUUUGAUGUAUCUUUGAGUAGUUACACAUAA